GUGGACGGGUCAUGGCGUCAAACACCACCACCAAGUUCUUCGCUCUCUCGCAAUCCUUUAGUUUUUCUGAUAUCAUCGUGAUCGGAGCGUACUUUCUGCUCAACGUCGCUGUCGGGAUAUGGUCAUCUUGCAGAGUAAGCAGAAACACACUUAAUGGCUAUUUCCUGGCUGGCAGAGACAUGGCCUGGUGGCCGAUUGGAGCAUCUCUGUUUGCCAGUAGUGAGGGAUCAGGGCUUUUUAUUGGUUUGGCGGGCACCGGGGCAGCAGGAGGCAUUGCUGUGGCAGGGUUCGAAUGGAACGCAACCUAUGUACUGCUGGCCCUGGCCUGGAUCUUUGUCCCAGUCUAUGUGUCCUCUGGGAUUGUUACGAUGCCUGAGUAUCUGGGUCGCCGGUUUGGCGGAGAGAGAAUUCGCAUGUACCUGUCAGCUCUCAGUCUGAUGUUAUCCGUGUUUACCAAAAUCUCAACAGACCUGUAUUCUGGGGCUCUGUUUAUUCAGGUGUGUUUGGGUUGGAAUCUUUACCUCUCCACCGUCCUCAUGCUUGUGGUCACAGCAUUCUACACUAUCGCAGGUGGUUUGGCUGCUGUGAUCUACACCGAUACACUCCAGACCUUCAUCAUGAUCAUUGGCGCAGUCGUUCUCACCAUAACAGCUUUCAACAGAAUUGGUGGUUAUGGAAAAUUGGAAAGUGUGUACCUCCAGGCUGUGCCAUCGAAGAUAAUCCCGAACACGACGUGCCACCUGCCACGGGCUGACGCCAUGCACCUCUUCCGAGAUCCAGUGCACGGCGACCUGCCCUGGCCUGGAAUGACGCUCGGAUUAACCAUCCUGGGUACCUGGUACUGGUGUACUGAUCAGGUCAUCGUUCAGAGAUCGCUUUCAGCAAAGAACCUGAGCCAUGCUAAAGGGGCAUCGAUCUUCGCCAGCUACCUGAAAAUGCUACCCAUGAUCUUCAUCAUCCUUCCUGGCAUGAUCAGCAGAGCGCUCUACCCAGAUUCAGUGGGCUGUGUGGAUCCUGAGGAAUGUAUGAAGGUGUGUGGCGCGGAGGUCGGCUGUUCCAACAUCGCUUUUCCCAAACUGGUCAUCGAGCUCAUGCCCAGCGGUCUGCGCGGUUUGAUGAUCGCGGUGAUGAUGGCCGCCCUGAUGUCCUCGCUGACCUCCAUCUUCAACAGCAGCAGCACUCUGUUCACCAUGGACAUCUGGAAGAAGUAUCGCAGAGGGGCGAGCGAGAAGGAGCUGCUGCUAGUCGGAAGGAUCGUGACGGUGAUCCUUGUGGUCAUCAGCGUGGUUUGGAUCCCGAUUCUCCAGAGCGCCAACAGCGGACAGCUCUACGUCUACAUCCAGUCGGUGACCAGCUACCUGGCUCCUCCCGUCACUGCCAUCUUUGUCAUGGCGGUGUUCUGGAAAAGAACCAACGAGGCGGGAGCGUUCUGGGGUUUGAUGGUCGGUCUGGCUGUCGGUUUCACACGGAUGGUUCUGGAAUUCGCCUUCCCGCCCCCUCGCUGCGGCGUCUUUGACCCCGCGCCACCCGUCCUGCGCCGCGUACACUACCUGCACUUCGCCAUCAUCCUCUGCGCCAUCACCGUCAUCGUCACCGUCGCCAUCAGCCUUCUCACACCCCCACCCUCCGAGGAACAGAUUUAUAACCUCACCUGGUGGACCCUCGGACGCACCGCGGACAGGGAUAUACCUUUACAGAAAGUAUCGACACUUACUCGAAGAACAGAGGCUUGUGAGUCUGUGCGCAGAGGGAAGUGUGUACGCACUGCCAGCUUUUGCAGUCCUCGGCCAAGUCGUGGAGCUCCCGGGACUCCGCCCCCUGCCAUUCGUAGCAUCAGGGAAGACCCGUUUUGGUCGCGCUUCUGCUGCAUCAACGCUGUUAUUCUCAUGUGUCUUAAUAUAUUCCUGUAUGCUUACUAUGCAUAACACCCUCUCUCU